GCAAGAUGUUUAUAACAUUAUAUUAGAUAUAUUAAUCAACUGAAAUAUUUUAAUUUGUUUCAGAACAUUGGUAUUUCUACUUCUACUAUUGUUUUUUUUAUGGUCAACACAGAGCUACAUGUACAGUUAAAGCUGGAGAGCUAAGCUAAGCUAGCUAACUUGCUAUGUCACAAACGGAGUUAUGGGCUGUAUUUCGUCAUUUUAAUAUUUAUCAAGUCGCCAAAACAAAACAAUGCUUCGCCGAAAACCAACUCGUCUGGAGCUGAAGCUGGAUGAUACCGAGGAAUUUGAGAGUGUGAAGAAAGAGCUGGAGAGCAGAAAGAAACAACGAGAUGAAGUGGACGUGGUUGGAGUUACACCGAGUGAGAUGAGCAGCUCUGUCGGAGGUUCUGAUGGGAAAACCAGAGAGCAAACCAUACACGAGCGAAUCGGGUACAAACCUCACCCAAAGUCAAACACACUUCCAUCUUUCUUUGGGAACCUCCAGUUUUGAGCAAUUAAUGACCCCAGUAAAAUGACAGUGACCUUCAACACUGAAAGUUUUGCACUGAUGUCAUUUUGACUGGGAACUGUUUUUAGCGUUCAUCCAAACCGAAGAGGAUGGAACCCAGAGACACUCCACGCUGAAGUUUUCACAUGGAAAACUGUUCUUAAUAUGUGUUUUGUAAUCAGAGCUAUAAUUAUUAUAAAUAAAAGGAAUGUACAUACA